GUUGAUCUUCGGGAUAGAGAAGCAUUAAACAAAGUAUUUGCUUCUACGAAGUUUGAUGCUGUAAUUCAUUUUGCUGGGUUGAAGGCUGUGGGGGAAAGUGUCCAGAGGCCUUUGCUUUAUUAUAACAACAAUCUUAUUGGUACAAUAACUCUUUUAGAAGUGAUGGCUGCUCAUGGCUGCAAAAAUUUCAUUUUUUCAUCAUCAGCAACUGUUUAUGGAUGGCCAAAGCAAGUUCCCUGCACAGAAGAGUUCCCUCUCAGUGCAGCAAAUGUUUAUGGGCGAACUAAGCUUAUAAUUGAAGAUAUGUGCCGUGACAUACACAAAUCAGACUCUGAUUGGAAUAUAAUAUUUCUUAGAUAUUUUAAUCCUGUCGGUGCUCAUCCCAGUGGAGAAAUUGGUGAAGAUCCUCGAGGAAUACCUAACAACCUGAUGCCCUUUGUACAACAAGUUGCUGUUGGGAGGAGGCCUGCACUUACUGUUUAUGGAAGUGAUUAUAGUACCAAGGAUGGAACUGGGGUUCGUGACUAUAUUCAUAUCUUGGAUCUGGCUGAUGGACAUCUUGCAGCUCUUAAGAAAUUAUUCCAAGACAAAAGUAUUGGCUGUGAAGUCUAUAACCUGGGAACUGGAAAGGGAACAUCUGUGCUAGAAAUGGUAGCAGCAUUUGAAAAAGCAUCUGGAAAGAAAAUUCCUUUGAUCAUGGCUGACAGGCGGCCCGGCGACGCCGAAAUCGUCUAUGCAUCCACCGAGAAAGCUGAGCAGGAGUUGAAUUGGAGAGCCAAGUAUGGAAUUGAGGAGAUGUGUCGUGAUCAAUGGAACUGGGCUAGCAAAAACCCUUACGGAUAUGAAGCUGCGGAAUCUGAGAGCUAAGUUGAAGAGCCUGCUUAAUUACAUUCAUGAGCUAAUAAUUUUUUUCUUAUGUUAAUAAGAAUGCUAAUUCUUAAUAUAAAAGCCUUUAAAAAUAAAAUUUACCCACCCGGCCUUCUGAAUUACAACUAGGCCUUGUAGCUUGCUUAUGUAGCUGAGUUAGCUCGUUGAAAAUGGAUUUAAUCUGUGAACUAUAGAUAAAUCUUGUAAUUUACAGUUUUCAAAAUAUCA